AUGUCGGACGACGAGGAUUUCAUGCAGGAGUCAGAUGAGGAGCAGUACGACUUCGAGUACGAAGAAGACGAUGACGAGGAGACCGCCGACGUCGAUAUCGAAAACAAAUACUACAACGCCAAGCAGCUCAAGCUUUCAGACCCCGAAGAUGCGAUCACAGAAUUCCUAGGCAUUCCGCCACUCGAAGAAGAGAAAGGAGAAUGGGGUUUCAAAGGCGUCAAGCAGGCCAUAAAGCUCGAGUUCAAGCUGGGUCAAUAUGACAAGGCUGCUGAACACUACGCCGAACUCCUCACCUACGUCAAGUCGGCCGUCACGCGCAACUACUCCGAGAAGUCCAUCAACAACAUGCUCGACUACAUCGAAAAGGGAGCGGAUGGCCCAGAGGCGGUGGAGUGCAUGGAGAAAUUCUACUCCCUCACGCUGCAGAGCUUCCAGAGCACCAACAACGAGCGCCUAUGGCUCAAGACCAACAUUAAGCUGGCAAAGUUACUUCUCGACCGAAAGGAGUACGUCGCUGUAGCAAAGAAGCUCCGAGAGCUCCACAAGACCUGUCAGCAAGAAGACGGUACCGACGACCCUAGCAAGGGCACAUAUUCACUCGAGAUUUACGCACUUGAGAUCCAAAUGUUUGCAGAGACCAAGAACAAUAAGCAACUCAAGGCCCUGUAUCAAAGAGCUCUCAAAGUCAAAUCCGCGGUACCACAUCCCAGAAUCAUGGGCAUCAUCAGAGAGUGUGGGGGAAAGAUGCAUAUGAGCGAAGAGAACUGGAAGGAAGCGCAGAGCGACUUUUUCGAAUCGUUCCGAAACUACGACGAAGCAGGUUCUCUUCAGCGAAUCCAGGUUCUCAAGUAUUUACUCUUGACAACAAUGCUGAUGAAGUCCGACAUCAACCCUUUCGACUCGCAGGAGACCAAGCCCUACAAGACAGACCCGCGAAUCUCCGCCAUGACAGAUCUGGUUGACGCUUACCAGCGGGAUGAUGUACACGCGUACGAGAAGGUCCUGCAGCGUAACCAGGACGUUUUAGACGAUCCAUUCAUUGCCGAGAACAUCGAUGAAGUCACGCGAAACAUGCGAACCAAGGGCGUUGUAAAGCUCAUCGCACCUUACACACGCAUGAAGCUAUCCUGGAUCGCCAAGCAGCUCAAGAUCUCCGAGCCCGAGGUACAAGACAUUCUCGGGUUCUUGAUCAUCGAUGGCAAGAUCAACGGUCGAGUCAACCAACAAGAGGGUCUCCUGCAGAUCACCUCUGACGCAGACACCGAGCGCAUUGCAGCGCUCCAGGAACUCACGUCGUCUAUUUCGGAGCUGUUUGGUGCUAUUUUCAGGGACGGAGAUGGAUUCCGCAACAGUGAGCAUUCCGCAACGGAUGAGCAAAUGGAUGUGACGGCCGUUCCAUUGGGUAAGGGAGGGCAUAGGGCGGCUGCUCAACAUCGUGGGAAGAAGGGGAAGCUAGCUGCAACGCCAUGGGCAUGA